UUCCUCGUGUUUAUAUUUCAAGAUGGGCAAGGUCCACGGCUCACUCGCUCGCGCCGGUAAGGUCAAGAACCAGACCCCCAAGGUCGCCAAGCAGGACAAGAAGAAGGCCCCUCGCGGCCGUGCACUUAAGCGCUUAAAGUACACUAAGCGCUUCCUGGCUAAGACCCUGAAGCCUGGCGAGAAGGUGCACAUGAAUAAGCAGCCGCCGGGUAAGGCUGGCUAAGGCAGAUAAAUCACCCGAGAAACAGAACAGGUUUAAUUUAUGCAUCUUAUUUAGUAAAAAAAAUGUGUGAAUGAAGAAUUAAA